GUGGAGCCCUCAAGCUUCGCGUGGAGUGGACAGCUCUUGGCAGUCGGAACCAAGACGGGACAAGUCGCCCUCCUGCCAGCUCUGGUACACACAGAUACGGCUAAUACUACAACUGGUCCAAGUGAGAAGGAGACAAAGGAGGAAGUCGCAGAGGUGAAGGAGGUCUCGGAAGUCUGUAGUGCAUCGGAAAAGCAGGCGGAAGAGACCAAAUCAGCGGAUGCAGAACCUUCCACUCCUUUGGAGAAGCGGACCGAGCUGUUCCAACCAGCUGUGCAAAUGAAGUUUCAACCUGGCAGCACUCAUCGGGGCCGAAGACGUCUUUUGGCAUGGAAUGAGCAUGGCUGCCUCAAGUUGGUGAUUGGCUCCAAGCAUCGCCUCGUGGAGGUCGACUACUACAAGUGCCGAGAUCCUUCUUCCCUUCGUGAGAUCAAAGCAGAUGGAGUUGAGAUCGGAGCCUUGGGUCCUGGUCUUUGCGCCUUAGCCUCAUCGAGACAUGUGGCGGUUCAUUGGGCCCAGUCUAGCUUCGAGCAUUUGGUACCCGAUGGACAAUGCGUCGAAGCCUUAGCCGUGAGCCGUUCCUUUGUCGCCUUCUUUGCAUCGCCCCAGCGCUUUCUCCACAUCUUCACUCCGGCUUUCACACGAAUCGCAGAGCUAGACAUGCCGCAUGAUAUAGUCUCCAUGGUGGCGUUUGAUCAAAUGCUCUUCUGCGUAUUUCAGGCACAGCCAGAGGUAGAACCUCAACUGCACUUUGCCCUUUUUGAUCUGCAAAAAAAUGACAAGAUUUGUGGUUGCUUGCCCAUAUCCCCACACUCAACCCUCCGUUGGAUUGGCUUUAGUGCAGAAGAGCAGCCCCUGACAUUGGAUUCUGGUGGAGUGCUGCGUGCCAUGCUCUCCACAUCCUCAAAGAGCUGGAUUCCUGUCGCAGAAGUUGGCCAUGAAUGCAAACUAACUCAAAUUGCAAACCUUUUGCGAUUUCGAGACAGUUUUCAAUGUCGUGUGAACACUCAAUUUAUAAACCCCUGCUAGAAGGUCAACAAGGUUUAGGCCCACUUUCAUCGCACCCCUCCAAACAACAUGCUUGGAGGAUCUUGGAGGUGUUUACUAAAGAAAUCACACGCCCAAUGGGUUUUGUCUACUCAAUGUUGCCUAUAUGCAGAUUUGUUCAACCUAAGACCUUCAUCUUCUGGGUUCAUAAGGAGGAUCCCAAUUGAAAUUUCGUUGGCUUCCAAGGCAUACACGGGAAUUCACCAAAGGCGACCUGAAAGAAACAGAAGGAAUUCAAACAAGGUUUGACAUGAACAUCGACACAAACAGAAAGCGCAUCAAAAGGGGUGAAAACAAGUUCAAUCACAUCAAGAGGGAGGAUCAAUGGGAUCCAAAAAAGAACAAUCCAUUUUUUGUUGGGUGGGGAGGGAUGUGCAAAAUUACGUUUUUAUUUUUUUCUUUUUGGGGGGGCGUUGAGCUUGAAACAUUGAAUAUUUGGAUGGGCUUUAAUGCCGAAAAUAAUAGCGUCAUUUGUGGUGGAGGUUCAGUUUUCUGCAGGAUUCCGGCGAUGAACAGUGCGAGAUUCUUCUGAAUGGCGCAUGUCCUAUCCAAUUGAUUUGCUUGAAUGGCAACUGCCAAAGGGCAUGAGCCAACCAGGAUUAGCCGUAUGUUUCUUAAUAGGUUUGGGUUUUUGAGCAGGUGAGAAGAAGAAGGGCACUAUUGGCACAAGUGAAUAGGGAAAGCACACAUGCUAAGGAGUAAAUUGCGGGGGUCGUAUUUGGAGUCAAACAUUUCAUUUUGGGGGGGUCCGCCUCACCAAAUUAAUGGCUGGCGUUUGCUAAUCCUGCAUUCCCAUUCUCAAGACUGGAACCGAGGGAAUCCAAUUGUGACCAUACACCUCGUUCGAAUGUCUCCCUUGUGAAGGCAAGCUGUGGCCUGUUGAAGCCGGAGGUGGAGUUCUCCGGUGUAUGGAGGUCCGAGCAGGGGAAGAACCCCAAGUUGCAGCGCAAAGGCUGACGACUGUACCCUACAAUCUGCCGGUGGGUUUUGAGUCAGAUGCAGCUGCAGGAGCACUUCUGAAACAACUUGUGCGAUCCAAACGAGGCAGGUCAAGGUCAGAUGCUUUUUCUUUGCAACUCUUCGAAGAGCAUGUGAAGCUGAAAGACCAAGAGCUUGCAUACGACGUAGCCAGAUGCUACCUCACGCAGGGUUCAGAGCAGCUGUCCCUUGCCCGAUCAAUGGCAGAGAAGUCGGAGCUUCAUGAAUUGGCAUUGAAAUUGUCUCAGCUGAUCGAAGGCGGGGAGCGACCCGCCAAGAGAAGGUUAGGAUCAUAGAGACGUGGCUGCAGCCCUGGCUGCAACUGGGGGAGGGUUGAUUUGCCGAGCUCUAUGUACAUUGCUUCAACAAGGUGAGACUUUUCUAUUGCAUUGUGGUUUUGCCUGAAACUGAUCAACCCUCACAUUAGCAUUGUGGAGUCAUGCACCCAGAAAGGGGCUGGGUCGGGUGGCUGACUCAUCAGUGCGCAACUCCAAAGUGAAAAAGUUGGCUGCCCAAAGCGAACACAAAGUGAACAAAGUUGGCUCCUAGUAGCGUCCUUGCUCCUUGCUCCUAGUAGUACGGCCAGCCCCUAGAAGCGUCCUUGCUCCUACAGAAAAUAUUGUUUUAUGUGAUUCGUCAUUUCUAUUGCUUUCCAAUUUGUUGAGGUCAUAACAGAAGUUGCACUUUCCAGCUGAGCCUUUUCUCAA